AAUCAAAAUGCGACGUACUACAAUGUGGAAGGAGGCAAACAUCCAGAAAUGUUGCUGUGUAGUAACGUGCACUGAACAUAGGUGUCACAGCUUGGAUAACGUCGUACAGUGCACGUGCCGUCUCACUGCUAGUUAUCACGCGGCGCUUGUAACAGCUCUUUUAUCGGGUCUGCACUGUACUACAGCCUCGUGACACAGUAACGUGCGCUCUCAUAUGUCAACAGAAGAAUUCUAACAGCUGUUGUCUCCAGUGUACUUCCGGACUACACUUCAGAGGGUUCUCGGUGGUACUUGGAGGUGAGGGGUCGUGUCUGGCUAGCACAGGAACGUUUCACUAGAGGUUCAGUCUGCAGGGACAUCAGUCACAGCUGGACCCAUGAAAUGAUUCUGCAUUGCAGUUUUUCCACUCUCGUAAACGAGGGACAUGCACAGUGACAUUUCGAGUCAACAUGCACAACUGGGCUCGUUACCUCAUAUUUUUUCAGUACAUCGGAACAAAAUACCGUGGAGCAGUGAAAGUCCCUCCGCAUCAGCUGGGGAAGAAAGGGGUCCAGGACCACUUGGAGGAUGCAAUCCAGCGACUGAGGCCAGUCAAUCCUGUAUCCCUGUCAGUUUCCAGCAGGACGGACACGGGUGUCCACGCCCUCUCUAACUCCGCACACUUUGACCUGCAACGCAAGAAUGACAAGCUGCCGUUCACUGAAGAUGUUCUUGUUCAGGCGCUCAAUUUCCACCUCGGGACAGAACAAAUCAGGAUCACCCGUGCCCACCGUGUUCCUCAUGACUUCCAUGCCCGUUUCCGUGCCCAGUCUCGGACCUACGUCUACCGAAUAGCGUUAGGAAUCUCCCACCACUCUCUCCUUCCCCUCACAGACUGGGAUCUGUGCUGGAGCCUCCGCAACACAGAGCUAAACGUGGACGCUAUGCACGAGGCAGCUUCCCUACUGGUUGGGACUCACGAUUUCAGCAGCUUUAGGGCCGUCAACUCUGAUCUGCCUUUCAAAAAUCCUGUGAAGACGAUGGAUGUGAUCAGUAUACAGCAGGGAAACUCCUUUGCAUAUGCUCACUUCCACAGAGAGAUACCAUUCUGGGAGCUGACUUUCACAAGUAAAUCUUUUCUCUAUAAGCAGGUGCGGAGGAUGACGGGGGCAAUGGUGGCAGUGGGCCAGGGGCUGCUCUCAGUACCCCAGCUGAAGAAAAUACUGGAAGUGAGAGACUCUCUGGCCUACCCACAGGGUAUGGCUGCUCCAGCCCACGGCCUUUUCCUCACCAGAGUGGACUACAGGGAUACAGACCUGCAGCUUUCGCCACAGCUGUCAGAGGAACUGCUCACCUCCACCAGGAAGGAUUGAUGCUACUUGAAUAUUCUAUUUGUAUGCAUUUCCAAAUGUCCUUAUAAAACGAAUAUAAUAAAGUUUGUGGUUUAACGUAUAAUAUGCUGUGUUCACUCGUGUACUAAAAACAGUGAUUGUACUCUAGUUCGACCUAUAUGAAUAAGCAUUAAGGGGACAUACAUAUGAACAGCUAGAUGUUCUUUUAAUUCAACAUAUUAAGAGUACAUAACUGUGUCCAUGAACGCAGCUCAGCUACAGAAGACCACACACCUUGAACCUGUCAUUGUCUACAUAGAUCUUUAGGUUACAACAGGCUACUUGCCUUAAACCCGAUUAGGCAACGUGUACAAUUAUGAGUUUUGUAGGUUAUUGAAAAUUAUCUAACAAGGUAUACAUGUGGGCAAAAGUGUGACGUUCUAUAGCCAAAACUGCUUUGUGUCCAUGGGUCUCGUACAGUGGUGUUACAUUAUGGAUCAACAAAGUGCACACACUCACUGAUAACGUAUACAUCCGAGUGUCCGAUAAAACUGCAUACACUUAUUCUUUACCCAAAAGUCUUCACAGACCAUUCCUACGGAUUCUCACGCUUGAGGUCACUUCCUUCCAAUUUGGCUGCAUGUGUUCAUUAAGUGAUUUUUCAUCAAGUUGUCCAUAAAUAGUCCAUAAAAUCCGCACUACCACCGACAGUCUUCUCUGUGCAGCUGGGAGCCAGAUGAGGUUUGUAGAAGGUUUAGAUUGACCAGUCACCGAUCUUAAUCUUCCAGUGCAGUGAUCAAAUACACCAAACAUCACACAUUUGUUUUUCUUGAUUUUUGUACAGUCACCCAACUGUUGCAAGCUUAACUGAUUUGAAGUGCUGCGUCUGUCAAAAUCGAACCUCGUGAGGAAUGUUUCUGCACUUCUUAGAAGUGACAAUCUCAAAAAUUCAGUAACUAUUUUUUUAAACAAUUUUUCUGUAAAUAUGUACACAAGUACACAUUUCCUAUCCAGGCGACCAUGUCAGAGCAACAUAGUAAAUCUGAUUAGCAUAGGUCCUCAAGUCAAUUCAGCAUUUGGUUUCAAGAAGAUAAUUCACACAUCCUAAAGACGCCCAUAAUUCAAUAUAUAAUCAAAAUUUCAAGUGUCAGUCAGAAAUGUAAGCCCAAUAGCUUAAAUAUUAAUAACAAAACCAUAUGUAUAUAAUGCACUUGAGGAAGGCAUUGCGUAAUUUUUUUUUAAACUCACAAUCCUUAAUAACAGCACAGUCUGGGUGAAGAAAUGUAGCUGAGCUAAAGUCAAACUUGAAACCCUGAUUGUAACGAUUGAGUGGGGACAGUGAUACACAAAGGAAACAUCACCGUAAUGGUCACAUUUUCAGUUAAAAAUCUGAUUUUUAUGAGCGAUGAAGGAAGAAGACUAAUGAUUAAUGCUCAGCAGUGACGCCAAGCUCGUCCUCAUGUUUAAAUUU